AUGGGCUUUGCUACCAAGACAUUCAAAUCUGCGGUCAAGCACCUCAAAUCAUACAUGAUCUCGAAUAACAUCAAGAAAGAAUACUUUGCCUCCUCCUCCGAUCAAGCCACCAUGAUGACUAAAGCCAACACCUCUAAUUCAAUCAGCUUCAGAGUGACCAACUGGUGCACUCUCCCCAAUGGCACUCACAUGAAUGCCAACAACAUAAGCCACAACUGCCUCCGUGGCAUGUAG